CCCGAAGUGUGACCCUGAGGAGCAAUCUUGGCUCUGACUGUGAUCCAUUAAUUCUUGGAAUCCGUAUAUAUGGUGACGUUGCUACAUAGAUAGGACCGUUCGAGAUGGUCAUGGCAUCGGGGUUGAUCCUCAGUGAACUGGCGUCACUCAGUGUUCUGGUCGCCUGUUCUCUAGUGAUGCUGAAUCCAUUGAUAUGGACUUUGAUCAACCGCUUCGAGUACAAGACACACGCCAUAUCCCGACUGUGCAGGGGGCCUCGCGCCGGGACGACGGUGUGGGCCUCUCUCAUUAUGGGAAUGAAUGUAUUUCGGACUUCGGUUUUCCACUACAUGGCUGUAAAGGGCACUAAAUUGCAUUUCUUUGAGGCCAAUGUCGGCGCAACGACUGCAGGCUAUCUGAUAAUCGUGUUGGGUGUUUCACUUGUCCUGAGCACUCAUUGGAGACUGGGAUUCUUUGGCAGUUUCUACGGAGACUGUUUCGGGAUUCUACUACAUGCCAAAGUUACUGAAUUCCCGUACAACAUAUUGGACCAUCCGAUGUACUGGGGUAGUUUCAUGAUACACUUCGGAGGUGCAAUUGUAUGUGCCAGUGCCGUUGGCUUUCUUCUGUCAUUGGCGAUUGGACUGAGCUACGCCAUGGUUGCUGUUGUUGAAGCACCAUUAACGGCCGAAAUAUACGCAGCCAAAAAGGCGUAA